AUGCCUGUUGGAGGCUUUCAUGCCAGGAAUGGAGCCUCCUCCCGUCUUCCUCAACCUUCAGCCGCUCCCUUUCCGCACAUCAACGACGUUGUCUCUGUCCCGAGAGAUAUAAAUUCGAACCAGUCUAUUAAGAAGCUUUUGGAGCAGGCGGAAAGCUGCUUUCGCCAAUCCGAAUUGCAUCGUGAUUUCAAUCGCCCCGCCAUUGCUUUGAAGGACUAUGUCAGGGCCUCUGUCAUCGCCGUUGACGUUAUCCGAAGACACCCAGAUUACCCUGACAUGACAUCGCAACAGUGGGACGCUUCUUUACUCCACAAAGCCCUUUUAUCCAAGAUCAAUCGUCAAAGCGAAAUAUACAAUCAGAUCAAGCAAGACAUCAUCGCCGACAACAGAAGGACUGGUGUCCAACCCGGGGCUCAAAGUUCGCUCGUUGUCACCACGGCAAACGGACUAUCAAGGAACCUUCUGCCCAACACAAGCAACACUGAGGUUCGGCCAAUUCAAAAAGAAGAGGAAUGGCGGCGGCAGCAGAACCUUCCACACGGGCAUGUACCCCAACCGCCGACUGGUGGCCAACCCUCCAAGUCAAAACCGACCACGAACCCAAAGCCUGCGGCUCUUCAUGGCAACGCCAUUCCUCCUCUACAUAAUCGCACCAUGUCCGCAAAUAAUGUCACAUUGGAUUUAGCCGCUCGAUUUGCCAACUUGAGGGGACCGCAGCCAUCACCUGGGCAAGAUCCCCGAAUUAAGACAUAUCCAAUCAUUCCUCAGAAGCCAGCCGGCCCGAGAGAAAUGCCACCGUCACCCUCAAAGAUAGAUACUAAUUUGAGUUGUGACACCGCUCUACCCAAGCCCCCCGAUGCUAUUUACAGCCCGGUACGAGGUACUGUUUCUGGAGAGGCUGCGCGACUGCCGACAAGUACGCCGCGGGGACUCUUCAGCCGGAAAGGUUCAACCGCGUCUGUAUUGGGAACUUCCAGUACGAAUCAGCCACGGCAGAGUGAAGAAUACUUUCCUCUCGUUCUACCCAGCAGUACAAAGGCACCGGAAGUGGCGGAGAAAGUUCUCAAAAUUCCCCAGGGCAAUACGAUCACCCCUAGGGAGCUCAUCACGGUUAGAGAAGCCAAGGCAUCUAUCCUCUACAUUGACGUGAGGCCUCGCGAAGAUUUUGACGACGGACAUAUCAUGGCCGUCUCGAUCAUCUGCAUCGAACCAAACAUUUUGGGACGAGGGGACGUGACAUGCAGCGAUAUAUCGGAAGCGCUCGUCCUCUCGCCCCCUGCAGAACUUACGCUAUUUGAGAAGCGACACUCGUACGACUUGGUCGUCUUCUACGACCAAGAUUCGGAUUCUUUCCCUAAAUCUGACAGAGACCCGUGUGGCGCUGCUCUCUGGUCAUUAAACCGUGCUUUAGUUGAGCUGAGCUACGAUAAGGAACUAAAAAAUUCGCCCAAGCUUCUCAAGGGCGGGAUUCACGCGUGGACUGACCUCUACGGAGCUGGUUCCCUACGGUCUACCCCCGCUGCAGAUGUCAGGAUGCAAGCCAGAACCAGCAAACGACAUCCGUUGAUUCAGCGAAGAGGCUCUAAAUAUGUUUUUAACCCCCUACCUGAAAAAGACGUCGAGACGUUCCGAAAGGGGCUUGAAAAAGACGCGGCACCGCCAUCCUUCCCCCGCACUAAAGACGAGUUUCUGCGAUUUCCUCCCGUAUCACAAGAGCAGCAGUCCAUGUCAUCUGGGGUUUGUGUUGAUCAGCAAUUCAAGCACGACUUUGCGAGUGGAUUCGGCUCCCCUGCGCAGAUGCUCACCCCCCCAACUCGGCCCCAAGCCGCAGUACAACGCCCCAGCCAUAUCAGCUUGUCUGAAGAUAGCCAUGAUAGCCACGAAGUUGCGGAGCAGAUACCAGCAAUACCUGCAAAGGUGCAAACGGGACUCAACAAUCCCGGCAACUGGUGUUAUGCAAACAGCAUAUUGCAAUCUCUGCUUGCAUCUCCCAACUUUGGGAGAGAAAUUGCUGACUCGGAAUGGGCAAGGCGAUAUAAGAACCAAGUGCCCAGGAAGUCUGGUGAAAAAAUGGAUCAACCACAGCUCAUGAUUCAGAUGCUGUCGAAUAUCUUUUAUUGGAUGAGUUCAGGCAAGUUCCAGACUAUGAAGGCGCAGAUGCUCAUGGAUUAUUCCAGACAUUUAUGCGCUACCGGCGAUCCCAAGACGAAGUUUGGUGGAAAAGACCAACAAGAUGCCCAGGAAUUCAUGUCCUUCUUAAUGGAUCAGCUUCACGACGAGACGAACCUUCGACGAGGCCAACAAGGCACAGUCGAUCAACCCAGUGUUCAGGGCCUACCGCUGGUUCAGGCGGCGGAACGAUACUGGGAGAAUCAUAAGCGACUGAACGACUCCAUUGUGGAUCAGUACUGGCGCGGACUUCAGCUCUCCACUGUUAAAUGCCAUCACUGUGCCACACGGACGUACACAUUCUCGCAGUUUGAGUCGCUUGGGGUCAAUGUGUCUGGCGACCGCAACGUGACUCUAUCAGAGGCCUUGCGGCAAGCCAAUACCGGCGACGAAAUCGAUGACUUUAGGUGCAACUGCUGCGGAACUUCAAGGCCCGCCAAGAUUUCCGAGUCUCUGGCACGUAUGCCACCACUUUUAUGCGUCAGUUUCCGUCGUUUCCAAGUCAAUGGGAGAGGUGUUGUCAAGUCAACCGCGGAAGUUACCUGGGAUUUCAAUGACUUCGACUUUACACCGUACUUCUUGAACUCGACUGAAGAUUGGCAAGGCGCCUCGACGCACGAUAGAGCCUUCUGUGGCCCUUUCAGAUAUCAGUGCUACGCAGUCAUUGUUCAUUCUGGACGAAGUAUAGAUAGUGGACAUUACUACGCAUAUGUGCGUGACUCAAGCACUCACGACCCGUAUGCCUGGCACUGCUGCAAUGACAGCGUCGUGACCAAGGUUCGCAUUGGCAGCCGGGAACCUGCGGACAUGCAGAACACGGUGUUCAGAUCCGGGUCGGAUGCAGUCCCGUACCUCGCUUUCUUCAGGAGAAAGAGCGACUGA